GACAGUUGAGGAUGGCCGGAGCCGAGAGCGCCGCGGGGCGGCAGUCGGAGCUGGAACCUGUGGUGUCGUUGGUUGACGUGCUGGAGGAGGACGAGGAGCUGGAGAAUGAGGCGUGCGCUGUGCUGGGCGGCAGCGACUCCGAGAAGUGCUCCUAUUCGCAGGGCUCAGUGAAGAGACAAGCGCUCUACGCCUGCAGUACCUGCACUCCGGAGGGAGAGGAACCAGCAGGCAUUUGUCUGGCGUGCAGUUACGAGUGCCACGGAAGUCACAAACUGUUUGAGCUAUAUACAAAAAGGAAUUUUCGUUGUGAUUGUGGAAACAGCAAGUUCAAAACCUUGGAAUGCAAAUUAUUUCCUGAUAAAGCAAAGGCAAAUUCAGGCAAUAAGUACAAUGACAACUUUUUUGGAUUGUAUUGCAUUUGCAAGAGACCUUAUCCUGAUCCUGAAGAUGAGAUUCCAGAUGAGAUGAUCCAGUGUGUGGUCUGUGAAGACUGGUUCCAUGGAAGGCACCUUGGCGCUGCGCCCCCUGAGAGUGGGGAUUUCCAGGAGAUGGUGUGCCAGACUUGCAUGAGGCGCUGCUCCUUCCUGUGGGCGUACGCUGCGCAGCUGGCAGUCACUAAGCCGUCUGCUGAGGAGGAUGGCUUGGUGCCGAGUGUUGACGGCAAAGGUGAUCAGGAAGGUGCUAAAAGGGAAAAUGGAGAUCAUCAGGCUGGCCCUCUCAGAGAGGACACCCCCGCACGUGGGAAUGCUGCUGCCACAGACGGGAAAGAGCAGACUAACGAGCCGGGCACCAGCUCCAGCUCCGAGGCUGGUCUCCAGGCAGCGUCUAAGAAGCAGAGUCUCCAGGGAGACUCCCAGUUCAGCUGCAAAUUUGAGGAACUUAAAGCGAAACCAUUUCUGAAGAAAGACACUGCCACCUAUUGGCCCCUGAACUGGCGGAGCAAGUUAUGCACCUGCAAAGGCUGCAUGAAAAUGUACGCAGACCUUGAUGUCCUGUUCCUGACCGACGAGUCUGACACCGUGUUGGCUUAUGAAAACAAAGGCAAGGUUGAGCAGGCCUCUGAGCGACGGGACCCUCUAAUGGACACCCUGAACAGCAUGAAUCGAGUCCAACAAGUGGAGCUGAUCUGUGAGUACAACGACUUGAAGACUGAACUUAAAGACUAUCUGAAGAGAUUUGCUGACGAAGGCACGGUUGUUAAGAGAGAAGACAUCCAGCAGUUCUUUGAAGAGUUUCAGUCGAAGAAGAGGCGGCGGGUGGACGGCAUGCAGUAUUAUUGCAGCUAGAACGCCAGGGCGGAGCCUUCUCUCUCGGGCCAACAAAAGUGUCACUUGGGGUUCCAGGAAUAAAAGUGGCAUCUUUCACGAUUGGUCCGCUUUCCAGCCUCCUCUCCUCCAGACCUUGGCUUCCUCCCUCCCUCCCUCCCUCCCUCCAGCUGCAGUAGCCACCAAGCGUGUGCUGUUCUCACAGCUGCUUCAGGACGCAGUGUGGCGCAGCCCGUGCCACAGAUGCCUCCCCACCUGUCAGCCCCACAGUGGGUGGUUUUCAGUUUUCAGAAGUUGGGUUUGGCUUUGGGAAAGGAAAUGUCUCUCAUUAGGAAUGAUUUCACUCCCUCCAUGUCUGCUCUGCCCCAGGGGCGGCUGUUGGGCAUCUCUGAAGGGUCUCUUCCCGCUGUGAGUGUGGGUCCCUUGCCUGUGAUCAUGGUGCCUUGGCCCAGAGCUGCCUCCACUCACCCACACCCUGCUGUUUGAAGGCUGUGGCGGGUAUGCAAGGGACCUCAGAGCGGCUUCUUCAGGACCCUUGGGCGGCCAAGACAAAUGGUUUGUUUUGCCUGUCUAUCUGUCUGUCUCAGGCAAGGCGAUUGGAUAAUGUCAGAGUCAAGGAAGCAACUUCUGUUAGUAAUUUCAUGCAUAAUUUAAUCCCACUGACACUAGGACAUUCGAGUGUUGGGACUGUCAUGCUUACAGCCAUCCUGGAAAGCCUAUAGGAAGGACCCAGCCCUUGUCCUGUUCCUCGAAGACCCACCCACUGGCUCAAGCCCCACCCCUGUGAAUCUUGCUGGUUUACAAAUCUCUCUGGGUUUCUGUAUAUCAUCAGGGAUAUUCGUAAGCAUAUAGUAUAAUGGACCUAUUUUGAUAUUAAGAAAAUGUUACUCAAACCCAAAUUACUCCUCCCUCCCCCUUAAAUCUGUGCUGAAGCAGAAAGAACACUUGGCAGACAGCAGGGGGUCACUGUCCUGUCUUGGCGAGGGCCCCCAGAAGGCCGUGGGCUUUUCAGUAUGGGGACCUGACCACCCACCGCUGGCUCCCUUGGGUCUGUGAGCGCUUCCGUGAAGCCCCUCGUGGAGUGUUGUAGAAAGCCCCCACUUGAAGGGAAGCCCUUCCUCUUGGAUCUCUUGCAGGGCCCUUAGUCUGUGUGGGAAACACAGCUGCCUCUUCCCAAGGAAGGGGUUCCCAGAAGCACUCGAGGCCCUGGGCCACACGUGUAUUUUAAUAUUCCUCUGUGUGAGCUGGCUUGUCAGACACGAGUGCCCAUGACCCCUGGCAGAAAUGAACUAGGUCUACAGGCCAGGGCCUUGAACAGCACCCGGGACACCGCUGGCUUGUGUGAAGACUCCCGAGGCUGGGUCCUUGCGGCUGUGGGCGGGCAGGGAUCCUGGCCAUGGAGCAAUGUCAUACCCUGGGCUGGCUGGGAGAGGACAGGUGGCUGACAUCCAUGCCACACCAACCUUUUUUCCAAGUCUGGGUUUUUGUGCCCCUACAAGGUUGCACUAUUUGCAUACCACUGUGGCCUGUAAGUUUUCACCUCAACUGUCGAGCUUAACUAUCAGAAGGUUUCCUUAAUUCCCCUGACAAGGCAGGGCCGAGUCUUGUAGGCACCCACCCAGGGCUGAAGAGCUGGUUUUAGGACAGGUAACUUCCUUCCCGGACAUUAACCAGAAAUGCUUUUUUUUUAAACUUGUUCAGAACUAGUUUCUUAGCGACUUUAUGGGCCCAUCUCUUCUGGUUGAGACUGGUUUGGGUCAAGGUGUGGUGGUUUAUGUUAAUGCAUGGUUUAUGCAAAGCAAGACUACACUGGUUGCUUUGAAGGAAUUCUGGCACUAUAUGUGCAUUUUUGUAGACUUGUUAAAAUGACUUAUAAUGACACUUAACUAUAAUCACAUUUCUGUGAAAAUUUAAAUAAAAUGAAUUCAAAAUG